AAAAGAAAGCAUUUGACCGAAUCCCUCAGCGAUAAUUGAAAUCCCUUUCCAUGGCCAACGGCACCGCUUGACACUCGCUUCCUACGGCCGCAGUAGAGCUCGUAACCGCCGUCGACGUAUUCCCCUAUUCUCUUGAAUCUGCAAUAUCGCAAAACAGAGGCCGAAAUCGAACACGCAGUUUGCUUAACUAAAUGUUGAAAUCCAGGAAAGUUAGUGGUAGAGGAGAAGCAACCGGAGGAGCUGCACAUUACGCAUUUGGAGCCCUAGACGAUGAUAUAAUCAUCAAACACAGGCUUCUCACCAGAACAACAACCACAAGAGGUGAACCUCCAUUGAAAAAGCUUCAGAAAAAAUUCACCUCUUUUGCUCUGGAAACCGAGAAAGACUCAGAGAAUUAUGCCGAGUGUGAGAGGCUUGCGAAGGCAUUCUUACAGGAGCUCAAGACUUUCGAGCUCCCAUUGGUGAAAACAAAAGCGGUUAUUGAUGCAAAUGUUAGAGAGAAGGAGAAUUUCAAUGAGUUGAAUGAUAAGAUCAAUCGGAAGAUAGUGGAAGCACAUGACGAUAUUGAGGAUUUGAAGAAGCAACUUGAGGAGAGUAAGGUUGAGCGGAAGCAUAAGGAGGAGUGUGAGACAAUUAGGAAGCUGAUUGCUGCACAACCUCCAAGAUCUCAGACCCAGAAGCUGAUUAAUGAUCUGGAGAAAGAGAUUGCAUCUUUGGAAGCUGAAAAUACUGCAAGUUCAAGGACAUUAGAGCUUCGGAAGAAACAAUUUGCUCUUCUGUUACAUGUGGUGGAUGAGUUGCAGAAUACAAUUGAAGAAGAACAAAAGAGUAUGAUGGAGGAAAUGAGAAUGGCAAUUUAUGAAAACAAGAACAUUGUUGAGGAUGCUACUGUGUCUGUUACUGGUGGAAGUUCAGAAACUCCUAUGGCCAUUGAUUAAUAUGUAUGUAUCUUUUACUUUCUCUUAUUUGUAUCUCAUAUAAUAUCCCCCAAAUUCUUCUACAUUUUAAGGGUCUUUUAGUUGCAUUGUUUUCAUUUCUCAUUUCAUGGCUUCUUUAUAGUUGUAAAAUAUUUGUCCCCUUUUGA